AUGAAGCAGCGAUUCUCCUCCAUUGACGUCAAGGUCAUCGCCCACGAGCUCCAAGAGAGCCUCACCACCUUGCGACUGGCCAACGUCUACGACCUCUCGUCCAAGAUCCUGCUGUUCAAGUUUGCGAAACCCGACAACAAGAAGCAGCUCAUCAUCGACUCUGGCUUCCGAUGCCAUCUCACAGACUUCACGCGUACCACGGCCGCGGCGCCCUCCGGCUUCGUCGCACGACUGCGCAAGUAUCUGAAGACGAGACGUCUGACGUCAGUCAAACAGAUCGGAACCGAUAGGAUUUUGGAGUUUCAGUUCAGCGACGGCCAGUACCGACUCUUCCUCGAGUUUUUUGCUAGCGGAAACGUCAUCUUGACCGAUACCGAUCUCAGGAUUCUCACACUAUUGCGAAAUGUUCCCGAAGGCGAAGGACAGGAACCUCAGAGAGUGGGACUGAAAUACUCCCUCGAUAACCGACAAAACUACAACGGCGUUCCGGACUUGACCAAGGAGAGAGUGAGGGCUGCGCUAGAAUCGUCUGUCAAGAAGAGCGCGGCAACUGCGACGGCAGGCAAGAAAAUCAAGGUGAAGCCAGGCGACGAACUGAGGCGCAGCCUAGCGACGACAAUCACCGAGCUUCCCCCGAUCUUGGUGGACCAUUCGUUCCAGAUCACCGGUUUCGACGGCAAGACGAAGCCCGCCGAGAUUCUCGAGGACGACUCAUUGUUGGAUGCGCUGUUGAAGGCCUUGACUCGGGCACGAAGCAUCGUGGAGGACGCGACCAGCUCGGCGACAUCCAAGGGCUACAUCUUUGCAAAGUACCGAUCAAAGGCCGACGCCGCGUCAGACGCCGCGCCAACAGCCGAGGGAGAGGAAACAAAGAGGUCGGAUCUCCUCUACGACGACUUCCACCCCUUCUUGCCCAAGAAGUUUGCCGACGACCCCACGGUUAAGGUUCUCGAGUUCGACGGCUACAACAAGACCGUGGACGAGUUCUUCUCGUCUCUAGAGGGUCAAAAGCUUGAGUCAAAACUGACGGAACGAGAAGCAGCUGCGCGGAGGAAGCUUGAUGCCGCCCGAUCCGACCAGGAGAAGCGGAUAGAAGGUCUUCGCGGGGCACAAUCCAUCAACGUUCAAAAGGCGACAGCCAUCGAGGCAAAUGUGGAGCGCGUCCAGGAGGCAAUGGACGCCAUGAACGGUCUCCUCCAGCAGGGCAUGGACUGGGUCGACAUCAGCAAGCUCAUCGAGCGCGAGCAGAAGCGCCACAACCCAGUUGCGGAGAUCAUCAAGCUGCCGCUGAACCUGGCCGAGAACACAAUCACUCUGUUGCUGGGCGAGGAGGAAGAUAUCGAAGACGAUGAAUCCAACUACGAGACGGACUCGGACGCCUCUGACAGCGAGGACGAGGACAACGGCAACAGCAAUAAGCAGAAAUCGGACAAGCGGCUGGAGGUCGACGUCAACAUCGCCUUGUCGCCUUGGGCGAACUCGAGAGAAUACCACGAGCAGAAACGGAGCGCCGCGAAGAAGGCGGAAAAGACAGUCCAGCAGUCCGUGAUAGCGCUGAAGAACGCCGAGCAGAAGAUCCAGGCGGAACUGAAGAAGGGUCUGAAGACGGAGAAGGCCGUUCUGCAGCCUAUCCGUAAGCAGAUCUGGUUCGAGAAGUUCAUCUGGUUCGUCUCGUCCGACGGGUACCUGGUGCUGGGCGGCAAGGAUGCGCAGCAAAACGAGAUGCUGUACAAGCGCUACCUCCGCAAGGGAGAUGUCUAUGUCCAUGCCGACAUGCACGGUGCCGCGACUGUCAUCAUCAAGAACAGCCCGAGCACCCCCGAUGCGCCGAUCCCACCUUCGACGCUCGCUCAGGCUGGGACCCUGGCUGUGUGCAGCUCGAGCGCCUGGGACUCCAAGGCCGGCAUGGGCGCCUGGUGGGUGAACGCCGACCAGGUUUCCAAGUCCGCGCCUACAGGAGAGUAUCUUCCCACGGGAAGCUUCAUGGUCCGCGGCCAGAAGAACUUUCUGCCUCCGGCCCAGCUGCUUCUCGGCAUCGGAAUCAUGUUCAAGAUCAGCGAGGAGAGCAAGGCCAGGCAUGUGAAGCACAGGCUGUACGACGGCGCUGGCCUUCAGGUUUCGGCUACCGACAAGGAACCCGGGGAGUCUGCGGCGGAUGCUGCCGAGGCCAGGGAUGAAGACUCGGACGACGCGUCGGACAUUGGCUCGGAAAACGACGAAGACGAGAAGCCUCGAGGAAACCCCCUUCAGAACGUUGGGGCGGACGAGCAAAAUGAUUCGGAAGAGCAUCUUACCUCCGGAGAGUCCCCUGCCGAGGAAAUGGACAAGCUCAACCUUGAAGAGAAACAGACAAACGAGAACUCUGCCAACGAGGAGGACGAGCCAGCCGAGGGAGAGGAAGCAGAAGAGAAGGAAGAUGAGGACAGCGACCAGGCAGCCACGGGGCAGACAUCGACGCCAGCAGAGCCCAGCGGCGCGGCGCCAAGCUCCAAGGCCAGCGAUACAGCAAAGGAGAAGCAGCGACCGGCCAAGCGAGGUCAGAAGGGCAAGGCCAAGAAGAUCGCCGCCAAGUACAAAGACCAAGACGAAGAGGACAGGGAGGCGGCGGAGAUGCUGUACGGCUCCGCCCGCGGCAAGAACCGAGCGGAAGCGGAGGCGAAAAGCAAGGCGGAGCGAGAGGCUCAGCUCGCCUUCCAGAAGGAACGGCGGCGGGCGCAACACGAACGGCAGCAAAAGGAGACGGCCGAGCACGAGGAGAUCCGCCGCCUCAUGAACGAGGAGGGUGUCGAGGUGCUCGACUCGGAUGAGAUGGGCAAGAUGACGCUUCUCGACUCGCUCGUCGGCACGCCGCUGCCCGGCGACGAGAUCCUCGAGGCGAUCCCCGUGUGCGCGCCGUGGAACGCCAUGGGCAAGUUCAAGUACAAGGCCAAGCUGCAGCCGGGCGCGGUCAAGAAGGGCAAGGCGGUCAAGGAGGUGUUUGAGAGGUGGAAGUCGGACUCGUCCAGGAAGGGGGCGCUCGACGAGCGCUCGCAGGACACGGAGAAGAUGUGGCCGCGGGAGGUUGAGCUGAUCAAGGGCCUCAAGGCUGAGGAGUCCAUCAACGUCGUGCCGGUCGGCAAGGUCAGGGUCAUGGUGUCUGGCGGGAGCGGCGGCGCCGGUGGCGCCAAGGGGCAGCAGCAGGGCAAAGGCGGGCGUGGCGGACGCGGAUCCAAGAAGAAAUAA